UAAAAUUGUAUAAUUCACGUGAGAUCGUCAUACGCAGACGAAGGGGACGCCAUUGUGAACCGUAACGACUCUGUGGUACGGUUGGUGUGAUCCGCUUAAAUCGACACCAUCGACCCUUGGACAGCCUUCUUCGUGCCAUCAACUGCUACUCUCGACAAAAGAAAUCAAACAUGGCACAAGAACAAGAAAUGCCAACCUUCAAAUGUGUGCUCGUCGGCGACGGCGGCACCGGUAAGACCACGUUUGUGAAGCGUCAUUUAACGGGCGAAUUCGAAAAGAAGUACGUCGCAACCUUGGGUGUGGAAGUGCACCCGCUAGUUUUCCAUACCAACAGAGGCCCCAUUCGUUUUAAUGUCUGGGAUACAGCUGGCCAAGAAAAGUUUGGUGGGUUGAGGGAUGGCUAUUACAUUCAGGGCCAGUGUGCCAUCAUUAUGUUUGAUGUAACAUCUCGCGUCACAUACAAGAAUGUGCCGAAUUGGCAUAGGGAUUUAGUCCGAGUGUGUGAGAACAUUCCUAUUGUCCUUUGUGGCAACAAAGUGGAUAUCAAGGACAGGAAGGUCAAAGCUAAAACAAUUGUGUUCCAUAGGAAGAAGAAUCUGCAGUAUUACGAUAUCUCCGCUAAGUCGAAUUACAACUUUGAGAAACCAUUCCUGUGGUUGGCGAGGAAAUUGAUUGGUGACCCGAACUUGGAGUUUGUCGCUAUGCCGGCGUUGGUGCCUCCAGAGGUAACCAUGGACCCCCACUGGCAACAACAGAUCGAGAAGGACCUCAAGGAGGCGCAAGAAACAGCGCUGCCAGAAGACGACGACGAUUUGUAAACAUCAAAAUUGGUACUGUGGGGGCGCGCGAUGUUGUUGUAAUUUGCCAUUCGAUAUAUUUUUUUACGAGGGUUUCGUCAUCGGUUGUACUUUAGCACACGCGUAAUUACUUCACACACACCACAAAACAACAAUAACAGAAAUUAAAUUCCUGCAGAUUGCGUUUCAAGUGGAAGCGCAACUGGUUAUUGUUAGUAUGUUUGCAUUUCAUUUUGUUUAAUUAUUAAAUUUCAAAUGUGCGCUAGCUAGUUAAUAUUGUAACUAUUUUUAAGUAAAACACUACUUUAUGCAAGCCGGUAACAUCAAGAGAUUUGGGAUGUCAUUUGCGCUUUGGUCUUUAUGGUUAAAGUACUAAUGUUAAGCAUGUAUCCCUUAAAGCACGACCUCUGGCAAUUUGUUGGAGGUAGAUGAACCGCGCGGGAUCAGCUCAAUUAAUCGAUCAUUUCUUUCUGGUGAUAACAUAAAUAAUAUUGGACUGAUGAAACACAAUAUGGUGAAAACAAUGACAACAUGCAACAAUGAAUGAAUUAUGUGGAAAUCUUUUUCUGAUGAAUGCGUUUAUUUUAUUGUACGAUGUGUGUUAAAUAAACGAUAAAUUAUUACGUUUCAUGUAA